AUGCUCUGCGCCGCGACACGACUCCUGAAGGCCUGCACCGCCAACACCAAGGACGGCUGGUUCUCCUCGUCCAACGGCAAGAAGUGCAUCAAGAAGUACACUGACACCUGGGCCAUCGGCGACAGCGUCAAGCUGGAGAAGGCCAACUGCGUCAGCGUGAAGGCCGCCGCCCCCGCCGCCGCCAAGCCCGCCGGCCACUGA